AUGUGGCGUGACCGCAUUUCGGGUCAAUCGACUCCCUCCGGAGCUAAUCGCAAUCUCUCUUUGCCUCGGCGCUCUUCAUCCCAAUUGUCUCAAAGCCCUUAUAACGCCCGUCCCAACGCUACCUCGAGAGCAUCCUCGACCUCAUUACUUAUAUCUGCAAAUGACUCUACAACUUCUCUUCCUGGAACCGCCCGGUCGCCCAGUGGGCAAGGUGUGAGACAGACGAGUGCACAGCGAUCACGCCCAGCAGUUGUCCCCGAUCCCCUAGAGGUGUUGAAUGGAAUUAUUCGGAAAGAGACCCAGGAUAAAGACGUACCGCAACUAGGCAUAAAGCCAUUCUCACGCCCACCAGAGCUGUUGGAAAUAAUCGAAUUUGAUGGACUGAGCUUAGAGGAGUUUUUGGCCACAAAGGAACAAAAGCCGACCAGAAAGUCCCCUAGCAGUGAUGUCAAUGCGCAAACCAUUCAGCAGUUCGAACAGGAGCGGGAUAAAUUCCAGGAUCUUCAUACAUCAAUUACCGGCUGUGAUGAUGUCUCAAAGUCAGUGGAAUUGUACUUGAAUGAUUUCCAGAACGAACUAGGGGCCGUGUCUGCGGAGAUUGAAACAUUACAAACUCGCUCUACACAGCUAAAUGCAAUGCUGGAGAAUCGCAGAAAUGUGGAGCGUUUGCUUGGUCCAGCGGUAGAGGAGAUUAGUAUCUCACCAAAGGCUGUUCGGGCGAUAGCUGAAGGUCCCAUGGACGAGAACUGGGUACGUGCUUUGAAUGAAAUUGACGCUCGAUCGACAAGUAUUGAAGCCAAGGCAUCCUCGUCAGCUGGCUUUAAGGCGAUCGAAGAUGUACGGCCACUUUUGAUUGACUUGAGGAAUAAGGCGGUUGAACGAAUCCGGGACUACUUGGUUUCUCAAAUCAGGGCGAUGCGAUCACCCAAUAUCAAUGCGCAACUCAUUCAACAGCAGCGGCUUGUGAAAUUUAAAGACCUUUUUACCUAUUUAUCAAAGGCUCAUCCAAACCUCGCAGAAGAAAUUUGUCAGGCAUAUAUCAAUACUAUGCGUUGGUAUUAUACAUCCAAUUUCACUCGUUACCUUCAAGCGCUUGAAAAGGUCAAGGUAUAUCCUAGUGACCGAAACGAAGUGCUCGGAGGCGACACCUCUUCGCACAGAACAGGGAACAUCCUGCCUGGCGGCCGAGCUGGCUCUGCUGCCCAUGAUCCCUUUUCCUUGGGCCGACGAAUUGAUAUCCUCCGGAAUGGGCACCAACCGGCCAUAUCAUCUUACCUCGCCGAGGAGAAUAACGCCUUUCAUGGAAUCGAAGUGCCGUUUCGGAAUUUCAAUACUGCUCUGGUAGACAAUAUCUCUGCCGAGUACUCAUUUCUUACUGAGUUUUUCUCUUCCUUGACAUUUCACCAAAUCUCGCGCAGGGCAGCGGAGAUUUUUGAGCAGGUGUUUAAUCUCGGACGAGCCCUAACCAAAAAGCUCAUCGACAGCACUACUGACUCGCUGGGUGUACUGAUGUGCGUUCGUCUGAACCAACACUCAGCCUUUGAACUUCAGCGGCGUAAGGUUCCCGUUGCAGACUCAUACGUGAACGGUAUCAAUAUGCAGCUGUGGCCUCGUUUCCAAGUAAUUAUGGAUCUUCACUCAGAGUCUCUCAAGCGCGUCGGAUCAAACACUGGGCGUAGCGCGAUGUCCGCUCUUUCCAUCGCUGGUGGAGACGAUUUGAAACAGUCAUCCGCACCUCAUUUCUUGACUCAGCGAUUCGGCCAGCUUCUUCAUGGUAUUCUGGUGCUGAGCACCGAUGCUGGAGAUGACGAGCCCGUGUCGAACAGUUUGGCUCGCCUCCGCACCGAGUUUGAUUCUCUCCUGGCGAAGCUGAGUCGAAAUGGGAUGGACGCCAAGCGUAGAGAGCGCUUCCUCUUCAACAAUUAUUCGUUGAUCUUAACCAUCAUUAGUGAUACCCAAGGAAAGUUAGCAACUGAACAGCGAGUGCGUCUGAAUGAAAUGCUGGAAAGUUUCAACAAGCGUUAG